UCUCCGACCAAGUCAAUCGAUUAAUAGUUGGUCCUACUGUCACGUUUGACAGAUAUGCAGGAGAUCUGUAUUUUCUAUGAACUUUGACUACGGAAAAUGGCAGAGCCGGAAGCACAAAAUACCCUCGAUCUGUCGAACAAAGGUUUGAAGAAAAUUCCUAAAGCUCAAAGUCAGGAUUCUCAAAGAGUUACAGAACUGAUUUUGGACAGAAAUGAACUGCAAAAAUGGGACAACAUUGAUUCAUACCAUGCAGUGACGAGGCUAUCAGCAUCAUACAAUCAGUUUCUUCGGAUGUAUAGUGUUGGUCGUUUGCAUCAUUUGUGUUGGCUGGAUCUGUCGCACAAUGGGAUUCUGACUAUUGAAGGACUUAAAGAUUUACUUCAUUUAAGGUGGUUGUGUUUAGCGAGCAAUAACAUUAAGACAAUUGAACAUCUGAACACUAAUUCAAAUUUGGAGCAUUUGGAUUUGUCAGACAACAACAUUGUGCAUAUUGCUGAUUUGUCUUAUCUUCCAAGACUUAAGCAACUUCUGCUCUACGGAAACCGUAUCACGCAGUUGCGGCCUUGUGAACGUAAUCUUCCAACAAGUCUAACUGUGUUGUCAGUCGCUGAUAACCAUAUUACGGACCUUAAUGAAGUGGCCUAUCUGUCACACUUAAAAAAUCUUCAGGAACUCAGUAUUGUAGGAAAUCCGUGUGUAACAAUGACUGGUGGCUCUGUUGGGUUUGAUUACCGUCCAUUUGUCAUAAACUGGUGCAUGAGCUUAAAAAUUAUUGAUGGCUUUGUAGUGGAUGCCAUUGAAAGUUUAAAAGCAGAAUGGCUAUACUCCCAAGGGCGAGGAAGGCAGUUUCAUGUUGGGGAUCAUGAAGCUCUUACACAGUACCUAGCAUCUGUAUGCCCACUUACGGGAGAUAACCUAGAAUCUGAAGAAGACCGUAAACUGCGCUUAAUCUUGAGCAAAGCCCACCAGCAUCAGCAGCAACUGCGAAGUCAGCUGACUAAUGGUAGUGGAUUGAGGAGAAAUGCAUCCAGCUUUCAUCGGAGCCAGUCUUCACCUGCUCCAUCUCCUGCUGCAAGGAGACGUAUUUUCCCACAACGCACCACUGCGUUACGCAGCAAUACAUCUCGUCUGCCUGUAACUGAACGACACCAUUCUCCAGAUCGUAUGGUUGUCAGUUGUCAGAUGACAAAACCUGAAGUAAAUUCAGGGAUGACGGUGUCUAUGUCAGGAAACCUGAUGACACGUAGCCUUGAUCCUAGCUUGCUACUUAACAGUAGUUCAAAUAAUAACAACAAUAAGGAUUCCAUUGAUACAGCUGUAGCAGUAGAGGACAGUUCAGCAGGUGUUGUGGAUGCUGAUGCUAACAGUGGUUGCCCACUUCAAGCUGCAACUAAGCUGGUUCCUGUACCAGAAUCUCUGAUGAGCCCAGACUAUCGACCUGUGACUGCAGCAAUACUUGGUCGGCCACAUAGAGUUCGACCCCCUGGAGGGAAAGGAUCUCCAGAACGUUGUCAGAGUGCGCACUCUAGCCCAAGAGCAAGACCGCGAAGGGGCGGUGCUGGAAGUGGGCGGCAUGGUUCACCACGUCGCAUUCGUGUUAGCAAUAGUAGCGAUGAUGAUAGUGAAAUGUCUGCAUCCAAACUAGAAACAAUAAGACACAGAGCACAAGAGCGCUGGCAAAGAAAAGACGCUGUGCCUCCAGCAGAUCUCUCAGCUACUGGUCCAGCAACUGAAUGCACCCAGUGGAAGAACACCAAUGGGGUACAGUCAAACACAGAAGUCAGUCAAGGAAUGACAGUUGACAUCCAACAGGAGAAAGCUGCAACAUGCAUACAAAGAAUGUGGCGUGGUUACCAGACUCGCAAUCUUAAUAAGAGUGUUCAGGCCAUAUACCGCACUCUUCAUGAUUCCAGAACACACCAGUACAUUCAAAAACUUUCGUCUGAUAUGCAAGCAACAAGAGCUGCUUUGGAAAGUGAGCGGAAGUUACAACUCCUGCAGAUGCAAGCAAUUAAUGCUCUUUGGAAAAAAGUGGUUAAUCUCCAGCCAUCACCUAAGAAUGAACCUAGUGGGAGCAGUAAAGGAGCAGACGCAGACACAAUGAAAGAACUUACUGAAACUUGUUCACGUCUGCAUAGCCAGGUGGAGCAGCUGCAGGGCUCAAUGCAGAGCAUGAUGCAACGCAUGUCCCUCCUUUGUGCUUCACAGCAGCCAAGGCGGGUCCUCUCUGCUGACACUGCCGGUACACAGACUGACAUUGUAGCCGUGCAUACACCACAGACAGACAGUGUUCCCGGUUUCCCGUAUGGUCGACCACACCGCCCUUCAUCACUGCCUAUAUCACGUCCAUCCCAGAGUCCUCGUGAUCUUGAUCAGCAACAAUCGGUACAACAGUUCGCCAAUAGUUUGGUGGAUGGCGUUCUGAGAACAGUUGCAGAACAAGGUAGUGACACAGCUGCUGGAAGCUGUGCCUCACUGCCAGAGGAUGAAGUUGCACCUACUCUUCCAGAGUGCUUGCCACCAGGAGAUAAUGUUUUUGCCAAUGGGGAACCAGAAAAAUUGGUAGAGUGUUCAGGGACAGAGGACAGUGUACAUAUUUCACAGAAGAAGAUGGAAGUUACUGUUGAGAGUGGCUGUUCUGCACCAGAGCACGAUGAAGGAUUACUGGUGGCAUCCCAAUAUUCCAAUCCAAUCCAUGAAAGUGUUGGUAACAUUUGUGUUAAAGCAAACACAGAUGCUGCACCUGUAGUUGAGAAUGGGCCAGUUGCAUAGUAGAAUGCCAGUCAUAUUGGAGCUUGUAUGGUUGAGCUUUAAUUUGGUUUGUUGCUGAGACUGCUGAAGACAUUUUACUAAAGCAUAUUUCUUGGCUUGCUCCUAAUACAGAUUGUACAAAUCUUAUGAAUAACUACCCAUAGUUAUUUUCAUGUUGACUGAUUUCAUUUUUAUUUGCCAAUGUUUUACUGUUUGAGCUUAAUUUUGUAAGCAAUUUUAGCAGUUCAUUUCAUCUUUCUGUGAUACAUAUAAAUUAUGUCCAAGAGAAAUAUGUAUAAGUUGUUCUUUUUACUUGUUGUAAAAAGUAUUCAGCUUGUUGUUGCCUCAUGUUUGGAGUCUAUCCACUAGUUAUAAAUUUAAUAUUUGAAUCUCAACUAUUCUUUCUAAACUUUUUCCCACUAUAAGUGUACCAUUCAAUGGAACCGAAAAUUGCAUCUUUUCCAGCUUAUAAAUAUGGAAAUGUUUCCUUACAUUAGUGAGGUUUUGUAAUGAACUCUCAAACAGAUGACUUUUUAAAUAAGUCAAAUUCUGUGUAAUCAGUCACUGCCAUUGAUUGCAAGUUCUACAGGAUUUGUAGUUCUAAGUAGGUCAAAUAAAAUUACAGUUUUUCUUGCUUGAGCAAUUUGUGUGUGAAAGUUCUGUGUAAUUACCCAGUAGUCAUAAUUUUCUAACAAAAUUAGGUUGUGAGUUUUUGCCUCCAAGAUUUAUGUUUAUUAUAAUUGAACCAAGUAUUUAUAUGUAGAAGCACAAAUGAUCUGAACCUGUCAGUGGCCUUGUAGUCAUUGCUUCAAUGCACAAAAACGUCCAGCUCUGUCAGAGUAAUGUUAAUACGCACAUUGAGUACUUGCUGAGAAAAUAGACAGGUAGUUAGUCUUCAAGCACGAACUGCUCAUAACACUUAAAUGCUCAUUACCAUUUUAUCUCUCAAUUUAUGUAUAAGUUACCAGUGCUUUGCAUGCAGGACUGUGAAGUACCUAAGCUCUUGCCUACCUCACAUGUGACUAAAUGAAACAAAAAUGCAAUGACUUUUCAAAAGAUUGUAUUAUACAACUUUUUAUAAAAUCAAAAAUUGUCUUGCUCAGCAUAAUGUAGUUGAUCUCUUCUGCUCUAAUAGCAAUGCUGUCUAACUUUGUAUAAUUUUAUGUGGAAUGAGCAGCAGGUUAUAGUAAUGUCAUGAUGAAAUUGAUUUUCUUUCCCCGUUUCCUAUUGAACAAAAUGUUAGACUGCCACUGAUAUUAGUAUAGUGAACAGUGUUUCAUUUAUUUGUUAUAUAAUUUGUGAACUUUUGUGGUAAUGGAAUUGUGUGCUGUUCACUGCAGUAUGUUUUCUUAUAUAUUGUCAUGUGGCUACUUCUCUACAGAUAAGGAUUGACAGAGAACUAAUUUUCUCAAAUAUCAGUGUGUGUGUUAGGCCAAUCUUUUGUGUAAAAUUUUGGUGCUUAUUGCAGACACUCAGUUCUGUUUCUAUGGAAUUUUCUUAGCAGAGAUUAAGGUCAACUGUCAAAGGAGAAAUUUAGCAUGGGGCGAAAUAAUUUUGUAAACACCACAAUAUCUUUCAAAGGACGUGUGUGUAUCACAAAGUAUUAAGUAUAAGCAACGUUCACAUUCUUGUUUUUCCAUUGAUCUAUGUGUUUACUACUAGGUAUUUAGGAAUUUAUAAUAAGUAAAGAUUUAUAUGCUACAAUUUGCCAAAUGUAAACUGAAAUACCAUUGCAGUUGUAUAAAUGACACUGGUCCUACUUUCAAGAUUCAUUUUGUAAUAGUCUCCAAACAUCUUGUUCAGUUAAAGGAUAGUACAUAGGAGAAGCAAAUAAAUUUGUUAGAGACAUUUCAGCAACCAGCAGAGGAAGUAUGUAUGCGAUGGCUGUUACCAGUAGCUUUUCUACUGCAAAAGGAAAUACUCAUGUUUUACCCAAAAAUCAAGGUGUUUUAGAUUACUCAUGUAACUGAAACUUUACUUUGUGAUCAUCCUGUUUCUUCUUUGAUGUCUUUUAUAUUAACCUAAGUGAUUAUUUCAGUAUAAUUACGGAGAAGGUUUCAGACCUCAAGGAGGCAUUACAAACGACCUUGUAAUACAGGUAUUUCGUUUGCUGAAAUACUCUACAAAAUUUUUCUAGUCAAUGUAUAAUAGUACAAAGUGAAAUCUGGAGAACUAAAAGUAAUUGCUUGGUAAAAUAAAUGCACAACUAAGAUACAACAGAUGUUUCCACACUACUAUGUUUAAAAAAAAUGCCAGGUCAGUAUAUUUGUAACAAUGUAGUGAUUGACAACUCUGGUUAUCAGUCAUGUGAAACAAAAAAAAGCAACAUCUUAUUUUCUCAGAAGAAAAUUUUGUAAGAUCUGAGCAUUAUAAAACAACAUUUAAUAUGUUUCAAAUCCAGUUUUGGCAAAUAUGCCAUUGUUCCCUUCUGUAUUCA